AAGAAACAAUGAACCGAACUGUAUAAGCAUUAUUAUUCACAACCUAUAAUCAUGUUCCUCAGACAUGUGUUCAUGUUGUUUUUUCAUGUUACAUUGGUUGCAAGUGAAGACAACAGUUUCAUAUAUAAUGGAUUCCAAUCAUCACAUUUAUAUCUUGAUGGUAUUGCUGAGUUAACUACAAAUGGCUUACUAAAACUCACCAAUGAUACAGAAAGAGACAAAGGACAUGGUUUCUAUCCAAAUCCAAUAGUUUUCAAAAACACUUCCAGUGAAAGCGUGUCUUCUUUCUCAACUACUUUUUUAUUUGCCAUAAUACCUCAAUAUGCAAAUAUUGGUGGCCAUGGAAUUGUUUUUGUUAUUUCUCCAACAAAAGGGCUACCAGAUUCACUACCAAGUCAAUACCUUGGUCUCUUUAACGAUUCCAACAGUGGAAACAGUAGCAACCAUGUUUUUGGUGUUGAGCUUGACACUCGUCAAAAUUUUGAGUUUGAUGAUAUCAACGAUAACCAUGUUGGAAUUGAUAUCAAUGAUUUGAAAUCAGCUGAUUCAACUCCUGCAGGAUAUUAUGAUGGUUAUGGUCAAUUCAAGGAUUUAUCCCUUUCCAGUGGAUACCCUAUGCAGGUAUGGAUUGAAUAUGAUGGAGUGAAGAAAAAGAUUGAUGUUACUUUAGCACCAAUGAGUGUUGGUGCUAGUAAUAAACCAACACAACCUUUGUUAUCAUUGACCAAAGAUCUUUCUUCAAUUCUCAACAAUAGAAUGUAUGUUGGAUUCUCAUCUUCAACAGGGUUAAUGGUAGCUUCUCAGUAUAUUCUUGGUUGGAGUUUUAAGGUUAAUGGUCAAGCUCAAAACCUUGAAAUCUCUGAACUUCCUAAACUACCUGCAGAGAAAAAAAAGUCGAAAUUUUUAACUGUUGGAUUGCCAUUGAUUUUCCUAAGUUUGGUAUUCAUGAUAACUUUAGGGGUUAUGUAUUAUGUCAAAUUGAAGAAGUUUGAUGAGGUUCUUGAAGAUUGGGAACAUGAAUAUGGCCCACGUAGAUUUAAGUUCAAAGAUCUAUACUCAGCCACAAAGGGUUUCAGGGAAAAGGGGCUAUUGGGAGUUGGUGGAUUUGGUAGAGUCUACAAAGGUGUGAUACAAAGUUCCAAACUUGAGGUUGCUGUGAAAAGGGUGUCUCAUGAAUCAAGACAAGGGAUGAGGGAAUUUGUGUCGGAAAUUGUUAGUAUCGGUCGUCUUCGGCACAGGAAUCUUGUUCAACUUCAUGGCUAUUGCAGGCGAAAAAGCGAGUUACUUUUGGUUUAUGAUUACAUGCCGAAUGGAAGUUUAGACAACUAUCUAUAUAACCAACCAAAAGUGAGGUUGAAUUGGAGUCAAAGAUUUAGAAUCAUCAAAGGUGUUGCUUCAGGUGUGGUUUAUCUUCAUGAAGAAUGGGAGAAAGUUGUUAUUCAUAGAGACAUAAAGGCUAGUAAUGUGUUGUUAGAUUCUGGAUUUAAUGCUAGAUUGGGAGAUUUUGGUCUUUCAAGGUUGCAUGAUCAUGGUGCUGAUCCUCACACAACUCAUUUGGCUGGAACUAUUGGUUAUCUUGCUCCUGAACAUAUUAGAAGAGGUAAGGCUACUAAAUUUUCUGAUGUGUUUUCUUUUGGUGCAUUUCUUCUUGAGGUUGUUUGUGGUAGGAGGCCUAUAGGUCGUGUAGGAGACAAUGAGAGUCUAAUUCUAGUUGAUUCUGUGUUUGAAUGUUGGCAAAGAGGUGAGAUUCUUGAGGCAAAAGAUGUUCAUUUAGGAACAAAUUAUGUGUCUGAAGAGGUGGAAUUGGUGUUGAAACUUGGCUUGUUGUGUUCACAUUCAGAGCCUUUGGCUAGACCAAGUAUGAGACAAGUUGUACAGUAUUUGGAGAGGGAUACACCUUUGCCAGAUUUUUCUUCGCUUAGUUUAUCUUCUUCUGGUUUAACUUUUGGGUACCAAUUAUUUGUUGAGGACAGGAGAAUGCCAUAUACUUCAGCGUUAAUUGCUGAAUCUGUUCUCUCGGGUGGUCGUUGAUUUCAAAAGACACGUCUAAUUGAUGCUUAAUUGGUGCAUUUUGAUUUUGUAAUGUAUUAAAUUUUGGUAAAAAGGAUUAAAGAGAGUUUGUUAUCUAAAAAGUGAAAUCAUGUUUGAGUAAAUGGUUUAAUAGUUACAUAAAAUCAUUUUCUCAUUAAA